GGCCAUGAUGCAUCGCGCCAGCUUCCAUACCGUCUGCACUGCACGAAAUGCACUCCGUCAACCUUUCACUCACAAAAAGAGGCGACUUCAGAAACUUAUUUCAUGAUGAUCAUGGCCUACAGACAGCGUCUGACUCCACAACGUCACAUCGCCGCAUCUACACCCAGGGCCCGCACACACGCAUGCACGGUGCCGGACCGGGGCGGCUGAGGGCCUACAGGCUGAGGGCCUACAGGCGCCCUCACCACGACACCAAAAACUGCGCAGUGGCACGCACACAGGCAGAAAACCACACUUGGCACGGCGUAGUAGCCCUACGAAGCCAACAUAACAUCACAGACACGCUACGGAAACCGCUCUCGGCUGUGACUACUGAGACGAGAGAGCUGUCCUGUCCUCCCCUUCCCUCAUUGUUUCAUUGGUCCAUUCCUUCAUUUGGGGUCAUAGACGAGCGGUGCAUUCGGCCAGUCGGCGCCAAAGGCGAGACUCUGCAGAACCACACACACAGACACACAGACAGACAGACAGACAGACAGACAGACAGAGAAGGACAGUCACACCUUCCCCCUCAGAUGCAGCAGUGCUGGUGCAUCGGCUGCCCACCUGCAUUCGGGUGACGUAUUCCUUGAGGUUGGGGUAUUCCUUGGUCAUGAGUGUAUGGAAGAUGCUGUCCUCUCGGAACAGCAUGCACUGCUGCAGCGCGGCGAACACGUGGGCGUCGACCGUCGUCACGCUGUCGCCCAUCAUGUACUUCUUCUUGCCUGACACACACAGCCAUACACACACACACACACACACACACACAGACAGACACACCACCAUCGGUUGCCGCGAACACCACCAAGUGUUGCGUCUGGUGUGUUUGGCUGACCGAGUAUGUUAGCGAAUGCCUUGAGGUCGUCCCGGAUGAUUUCUUCCUUCUCCUGCUUGUCGAACCGGCCGUAGCCCAGGCCGUAAAGUAGUUUCUUGACCCGGGGGAGGACGAACAGCAGGAAGGGCACCAUCAGCAGCGCCUUCUUCCACCCAGUGAUGCCGACCACCUCCGCGAACCGGUCCAGGUCCGAGAAAAAGCGAUAGUCGACGAUCGGCCUGCAGCGCAGAUCAGUGGCACAUACCACAUACCACACCGCACAGGCACCUGUGCGUUCGUGUGUGUGUGUGUGGCGAGGGUGGUUUACCAGAUGAAGUGUUCGUUGGUCAUCCUCAUGAGUGCGUGUGCGGUGGCGAGCUGCUCGGGAGUCAGCUUGUCGUCCAACUUGACGUUGAAGUCCUUCGUCAGGCGCUGGAUGCAGAGCACUACAAAGGGGGCGACACACACGUGUCCCACUCAAUGUCGCCACUGGCCUGUCUGUCUGUCUGUCUGUCUGGAUGGAUUGCAUACCCGAGUCGGCCACUUCUUCGCCCUUCCACAUCAUCCAGGGCUUCUUGGCCUGGAUACAUGUGACAGGCGACCGACAUCGACAUUGACAUCUGUGUCGGUAUGUACCACCUCGCUCCCUCCUCUCCCUCCCAUCCCUCUCGCGCUUACGUGCUUCUUGCUCAUCGGGCCCUCCGUCUCGAGGCGAUACGGGAUCUGAGCCCCCCGGCCACGCCACACACGUCAAAUCACACACCGUCCAUCGGUGUUUUCUGUCUGCCUGCGUUCCUCUCUCCCCCGAUCUCACUCACUUUGGCGAGUCGCAUGAAGACCUCGAGGCGCAGGGCGGGAGGCGAGACGGAGGGCGUGAUAUCCUUGCAGCGCCAGAAGCCAUGCAGCACCACUCGAUCGGCUGAUUCCUUCUUCUCCUUCUUCUCCCGCUGCUUGGCCUUGUACGCCUUGACCAACUUCACUGCACACACACACACCAGUGACACCACACCACAAGGCACAUACAGGGCAGAUGAACACAGAAAUGGCAUUCGAUUCUCAUCCCCUUCUGUCCGAUGGUGAGGCGCUGACCUGCCAGGUGAAGAGAGGCAGCGGCGCCUACGAGGAUGCCGGUCUUCUGGAGCAGGCUCCAUUGCUGAUCUGUCAGCUGGAUACCCAUCGUACCGUGGGCACCAAUGGAUGGAUCCGGCGGGACGCCCUGAUUCGCCGCAGUCGAAUGCUGCAGACAGACAGACGAGAGGGAAAGGCGGUCUUACUGCAUUGCUCUGGCUUACAUGCUGAGAGAGUGCCGCUUCUUCUUCGACACAAAUUUUCUCCGUGAAACGGAUGCGUGUCAUCGCGAGCUCGAGCUCGCAGAAACGCCGCUUCCUCAU